CUGCAACCUUCUACACGUUAUUUCGCGGUGACGAGGUGGAUUGUAUGCGUCGAUACGGAGCAACAUUCAUUUCGCCACGUUUGAUUUUAACGUAUUUUUGGAAGUAUUUUUUUUUGCCUGUUUGUGUGAGCGCACUUCGAUGGUGGGAGAAAGAAACCCACAGAAUAAGUUUGUGUGCAUCGUUACCUUCCCACCCCCCCAAUCAGAGAAAUGAAGACUUCAGUGAAGAUGGUUUGGGGAUAGAUUUAUGGCAUUCGACUUGGAAUUGGAACGGAUCAAGGUGAGAAAAAAAUAUAAGGAGGUGACUGUUCUUUACUGACUUUACGCUCAAACGGAUGGUAAAAGCCACUAUGCGCCUGUUGGGCACAUCGUGCUGGUGUCAAGGUGAAGGAAUGAAUGCACUGAUGUCUGCUGUGAUGCACUUACUUUUACUAGUUGCUGUCAUACUGUCCUGCCAAGGCUGCCCAGACAAAUGCACAUGCUCCAUGCAAACUGUGAAAUGCCAAAAUAAGGACUUGGGCGUGAUUCCACUUCCCAUACCUGUCAAUACUACAUUUCUGUGGAUCACAGGAAACAACAUUUCCAACAUCAGUGAGGACUCUUUUCCAACCCGCUUGGAAUUAUUAACAGAUCUUUAUCUCAGCGGCAAUGAGAUGGAAGCUGUGGAGGAAAUGGUAUUUCAUAACUUGCCAAACCUUGAGCGACUGGACCUGAGCAACAAUAACAUCCAAAUGUUCAGUGAAAAAGCGUUUCCGGAUGAGAGUAAAUUGCAGGUUUUAAACCUGAGUAGAUCUUUUCACAAUCAUUCCUCUGUGAGCGAGGUCCUAAAUAUCCUACAGAGCGGAAACCUCCUCCAGCUUACCGUCUUGGACCUGUCCGACAACGACCUUGUGCUUCUGCCAGAUGGUAUCUUCACAAGCCUGUCGAAUUUGGUCAACGUCAACCUGCAGAACAGCUCCAUCAUCUCCAUCUCAAGUGGGAUACUGAAGGUGCCGCCACUGCGUGAACUUGACCUGAGGGACAACAGUCUCAGGAAUCUCCCUACCAACACGCUGACUGAGUUCAACCUAAAGUCAGACCUUCGUGUUCGCUUAGCGGGGAACCCAUGGCGCUGUGACUGUUUCAUUGUGGACAUGUUGGUGUGGCUGAAGAACUCCACUCAGGUCACUGACAUGAAGAGCCUCACAUGUGCAGACCCUGCACGUCUGAGCCGCCGGCCGCUGGUACAGGUGGAGCAGUCCCAGCUGAAGUGUUCAGGCAACAUGGAGGGCGUGUUGGAGACCUCGUAUGUUUUUCUGGGAUUGGUAUUAGCACUGAUUGGCGUCAUAUUCCUCUUGGUGCUCUACUUGAACAGGAAAGGCAUCAAGCGGUGGAUGUACAACAUCCGGGAUGCUUGUAGGGACCACAUGGAGGGAUACCAUUACAGGUAUGAAAUAAACUCUGACCCACGUUUGGCCAACCUGAGCAUCAAUUCAGACGUGUGAGCGAGGAGGGGUUGUUGUCGGGGACCCCAGUGAGACAUUUAUGACUUUAUACUAUCAGAAAUUUGCAUGAGCGUCUUCCUGCCGCCUCUGUCUCGGUUCCUGAUUAACCGUUUCAUCACUUCGCCUUCUCUGCUACUGCUGCAUGUUGUGUACCUGGAAGCUCUGAUAAAUUGCCUAUGCUCGUUUUCCCAUGUGCAUGAUCAUUGCAUGGACAAUCAAUCAUGAUGACGGGAUGAAAAGAGCGUGAUGCUCCAUGUUUAUUUUACCUGAAGGACAAACGGGUGGAAAGCAUUGACUUUUACGAAAGACAUGGAAGAACACCUGGUUAAUCCAUGUACUGCUGAUCAUUGCAUCCUUCUUCGGAAGCUUCUGCUGAAGAUAAAUGCUAUAUAGCUUGUCUGUGAUUUUUUUUUUUAAAUAUGUGAUAACUAUAUAGCUAUUUGGAUGUCUUUGUAUGAUUAUAGUGCACAUUGCAUACUUUAUGGAUUUAGCAGAUAGAUGUGACUCAUCAAUAAAAUGCCUCUGAAUUGCUUGUAUCCACCUUGACUGAGAGCCUUUCAAUCAUAGAUCUGAGUGAUGUUCAGAGGGGGAGGAGUUUAUGUAUUAAGCACAACCACAAUCCAAAUGACAGCUAGUGAUAGUAGUAAUUCCAAUGCAAUUUAUUUGAAUUUUCGAACACUGUCGUCAAGUCUGAUGGGCAGAAAAAGUGUGAGAUCUGUUUAUUUGGAUCACAGAUGUUUUUAUUUUAUUUAUUAAAAUGUAUUGAUUACACUUUAUAUAUGUUUUAUGAUUUAUU